UCACUGCUGGGCACUGACUGGUGGCACUGCUAGGCAUUGACUGGCACAACUGCUGGGCACUGACUGGCACAACCGCUAGGCACUGAUUGGCAGCACUGCUGGGCUGUAUUGAUGGGCACUGGUGGGUGGCACUGGUGGGCACAGAUGGGUGGGCACAGGUGGGUGGCACUGCUGGACACAGGUAGGUGGCACUGCUGGGUGGCACUGAAGGGUACUGCUGGGCACAGGUGGGUGCACUGCUGGGCACAGGUGGGAGGAACUGGUGGGUGGCACUGCUGGGCACCGAUCAUCAGGGCACUAAUCAUCAGUGCCUGAUGAUCGGUGCCAGUCCCUACUCUGACAACUGCCGGUUCUCGGCAGUACUUUCCUCACAAUCUGACAGCGUGAGGAAAGUGCAGCCGAGAACCGUCAAUUGCAU